CUGAUUCUGGGUGCUGCUGUUUCUGUUCCACACUUCCACUUAACCCAACUCACCUCACCUUUCACUUCACUCCCUUUAACCAAAGUAAGCACCCACUCUUCACUCUUGUUGGCCACACUAUCAACUUGUGGGUUUACAACCCAAAACUCCAUUCCCUAAACUCGACUAAGGCAAUCAACUCUUAACCAUUCUGAGGCCAAUAUGUUUGCAAAGACCCGCCCCCGCACUGUUUGAUAUCGAAUUCAGAAUAUGGCCUCCACAAUUUUCAGAAGCUUCCAGAGCCACCCUUUUGUGUUACAACCCACCACGUUACUCCGAAGAAAGAAUGUUCUUUUGUACUGCACAGUUAGAAGUGCACAAACCCAAGCAGCCACCCAAGAAAAGGUUAAGCCCCGACAAGUGAGAGUUUCUAACGUGACCCAGAAUAAGACACUGGAGAAUGUCUUGAAGGACUAUGAAGCAGUCAUAGGUAUCGAAACCCAUGUCCAGCUGUCUACUGUUACCAAGGCCUUUUGUAGUUGCCCCUAUAAUUAUGCAUCUCAACCAAACACUAGUAUUUGCCCCAUCUGUAUGGGUCUGCCAGGUGCUUUACCUAUUCUGAACUUUAAGGUCAUUGAGUCUGCUGUCAAAGUUGGACUUGCACUCAAUUGCAAGUUGGCAUUGAACUCUAAGUUUGAUAGGAAACAAUACUUUUAUGCGGACCUUCCUAAGGGGUACCAAAUAUCACAGUUUGAUGUUCCAAUUGCAACCGGGGGCUACAUUGAUUUGGAUAUUCCAGUAGAGUUUGGUGGUGGGCAUAGGAAGUUUGGCAUUACGAGAGUUCACAUGGAAGAGGAUGCUGGGAAGCUGAUGCAUUCAGAUGAUGGAAGUCGUUCACAGGUUGAUCUAAAUAGAGCGGGUGUGCCCUUGCUCGAGAUUGUUUCUGAACCUGAUAUGAGAAAUGGCACUGAAGCUGCAGAAUAUGCUGCAGAAAUACAGAGGGUGGUUCGGUAUUUGGGAGUGAGUAAUGGCAAUAUGCAAGAAGGUUCACUUCGUUGUGAUGUCAAUGUUUCUGUUCGACCAAUUGGGCAAUUACACUUUGGAACGAAGGUGGAGAUAAAAAAUAUGAACUCCUUUUCAAAUGUGACCAGGGCAAUUGAUUAUGAAAUUUCGAGGCAGGUGCUUCUUCAUAGUCAGGGCCAAGAAAAAGAAAUUGUACAGGAAACACGGCUCUGGGAAGAAGGCGCUCAGAAAACAUUUACCAUGAGGAAGAAAGAAGGACUAUCUGAUUACCGAUAUUUUCCUGAACCAGACCUUCCAGGAGUUUUUCUCACCAAAGAUUAUGUUGAUAGUAUUCAAGACUCUCUGCCUGAGCUUCCAGAAAUGAAGCGUCGAAGGUAUGAAAAGAUGGGCCUAAGCAUGCAGGACGUUCUUUUCCUUGCUAACGACAUGAAUGUCGCAGAUUUCUUUGACACUACUAUUACAAAGGGGGCUGAUGCAAAGCUAGCUGCCAACUGGAUAAUGAGUGAUAUUGCUGCAUAUAUGAAAAAUGAAGAGUUGACCAUCCCUGAGGUCAAGCUUUCCCCCCAAGAGUUGGCUGAGUUAAUAGCUUACAUAAAAGAUGGGACUAUUAGUGGGAAGAUAGGGAAACAGAUAUUGUUUGAGCUACUAGCAAAAGGUGGUACUGUGAAGGGACUGAUAGAAGAAAAAGAUUUAGUUCAGAUUGUAGAUCCCAUUGAGAUCGAGAAAAUGGUAGAAAAGGUAUUGUCAGAGAAUCCAAAGCAGCUGGACCAAUAUCGCAGUGGAAAGACUAAGCUUCAAGGUUAUUUUGCUGGCCAGAUAAUGAAACUGUCAAAAGGAAAAGCAAAUCCAGGGAUUUUAAACAAGAUUCUGUUAGAGAAACUAAACGCCCAAAGCUGAUACAGAUAAUGCAAUAACAUGGCCGCAAACUUGAAACCAGAUGUAUUCAACUCAAUUAAAUUCGUUGGAAGGCCACCACUUGAAGAAUGAUAAAUACAGCUAAUGGUGGAACUCUAUCUAGACUUUUUUGAUGUGUCAGUUGGCAUCUCUCCCAUGUCCUGAACUAGUUGAUAGUUGCUGGAAAAUGUAUGUGCCCUAUCUGGAGAGCCUACAAGUGAUUGGUUUCUGAUAUUGUAUUUCCUUCUGUUUUGUUGAUCGGUCUUGAGUUGGAUAAAUCAUUAUUGAUUUGUAACCUGACAUGCUCCAGAUAUAUUAAUCAGUUACAGAUUUCAAGCA